AUGGCAAGAGAAAAGAUGAAGCUUACUCGGAUCGCGAAUCCAAGGGAAAGAAAGACCGCUUACAAGAGGAGGGUGCAAGGGUUGAUAAAUAAAGUUAAAGAGCUAACCAUCUUGUGUGGCUCAGAUGCUUGUUUGACUAUUUUCAACCGUGAUGAUAAUAAGUUGGUGGCGUGGCCGUCUCCGCAGGUGGCUGAAUCUCUCAUGGACCGGUUUUACUCAUUACCAAGCUUCGAGAGGACCAUUAAGGCAGAGACUCAAGAGUCAUUCAUCAAGACCAAUAUGAAAAAGAUGGAGAAGAAACUAGUCGAUUGUCGGGAGCGAGUUGCUGAGUUAGAGGUGGAGCAUCUCAUGUUCCAACUGGAUAACGGGCGCAGGGUUGAUGAUCUCUCCCAAACCGAGGCUAAGAUUUUGAAAUCAUAUACAAAUAAGAGGAUUAUGGGUUUGAAUAAAAAGUUAGGUUAUCCGGAACAUGCUUAUACAAGUGUCAAGGAGCCAUUUCUGAGGGAUGGGACCCCGAGGGUUUGGGACGCUGCAUUUGAGCAGGGGUAUUGUUCUAGCCUGACGGAAAGUAGCUGUAUCUAUUUUUUGGAUAAGUGGUUCUUUGAUGAUCCAAAGGUCCAAGAACAUGGCGAUGAUGGGACUCAUUUACCCACACUGGUUCAUCGAUUUGAUCUGAACAAGGAACCAUCUGAUGACGAAGAGGACUUGGAGACCUAUAAAGGUGAGAGUAGCAAGUCUGGUGGUGCAAGCGACGCCUGA